ACAGUUGAGUGGCAGCCGCUCGCUCGGCCAGUCGCGCGUUACAGUUCCUCUCGAAGCCACCUUCCGUCCGAACCUGCAGUGUCCCAGUGCUUCUGUGUUCAGUGGAUAACUCCUUGAAUCCCGUGCGCCGAUGAGAGAUUGACAGGCCGGCCCUUGCUCCUCCCGCUCCUGCCGCUGCCAGGCCCCGCUCAAUCCCGCCAAGGACUCCUCCUUCCAGCCGGGGUCAUCCACCUGCCCGGAUCCUGCCGCAGGAGCGCCCGCCUACGUCACUAGCCCCAGCCGCGCGCUGGACUAGUGCACCUCCGCCCGCCAGUGACCACUCCGCCGCCCUCGCCGCCCGCACUUUCCGCGGGCUGUGACGAGCACGUGAGUGAGCGUGUGUGUGCGUGUGUGUGAGCGUGUGCGUGUGUGAGUGUGCGUGCGUGUCGAAGGAGCCAUCGACUCCGACCUCCCACGCCCCCCACGCACUCCGCCCGCCCCACCCCGCCCUCCGUCAGCCGCGGCGCCCUCGGGAGCGAAGUCUUUGCGCUUGUAACCGUGGCCGAAGAAGCUCUCUUCAUGAUUACCAUGGACAUCCCGACGCCGCCGACGCCACACCAGGUGGUCACCCAGAACAUCAUGCAGCAGCCGAGCCCCGACGACGCCAAGAAGAAACAUCGCGCCACUGGCCACCACGACGAAGUGUCCGGCACCUAUUACUUUGGCGAGAAUCCAUCGAAAGGCCAUGGCGGCGUGAACCAGCUGGGCGGCGUGUUCGUGAACGGCCGUCCUCUGCCCGACAUGGUACGACAGAGAAUAGUGGAGCUCGCACACAACGGGGUCCGUCCCUGCGACAUCUCCCGCCAGCUCCGGGUGUCUCACGGAUGCGUCUCCAAGAUCCUGUCCAGGUACUAUGAGACGGGCUCCAUCCGGCCGGGCGUGAUCGGCGGCUCCAAGCCCAAGGUUGCCACGCCCACGGUGGUGGACGCCAUCGCCAACUACAAGAAGCAGAACCCGACCAUGUUCGCGUGGGAGAUCCGCGAGCGGCUGCUCUCCGACUGCGUGUGCGACCAGGAGAGCGUGCCCUCCGUCUCCAGCAUAAACAGAAUCGUGCGCAACAAGGCGGCGGAGAAAGCCAAGCACUCGAUGCCGGGCACGCUGUCCCCGGUGUCCCAGGCGACGUCGGUGAUCGCCCACGCCCCGCCCGCGCCCCACGAGACGGCCCUCCAGCGCCAGGGCUCGUACUCCAUCAACGGCAUCCUGGGCAUCCCGCCGCACACCGACCCCAAUGGAAACAUCAACAAGAGGAAACGAGAAGAGACGGAUGAACCUCGCGAUAUGAUUGGUCACCCAGACGACGACCCGAAGCGCCAGAGAACGCAGUACAACACAGACCCGCUAUACACUAAUAUGUUAUGGUCGAAGCAAGCCUGGCCGGCCCUCAAGACCGAAGACGCCACCAAGACGUUGCUUCCAGACCUCGGCGGUGGCGUCACGGGGGGCGCCGCUUCCCCCUACAGCAGCGUCCAGUCGUUCGUGGACCACCCGGCCAGCUACCCGUCAGUGUCCGCCGCCUCCGCCUCCACCGACGCCCUCUACGAGACGAUGGCCAUGACGCAAUCCAACACCAACCAGGUCUACUCGCCUCCUCUCGCUACUUCUCUCGGUAGCGCAGGUGGACUGACACCUCUCACACCCAUCACCAUGCAAGAUGUGAAGCCCGUGCUCGCCGCUCCUUCAGUCCUUGACACAACCGCAUCCCAGUUCCAUCAAGGCACGGCCGGGUCCAUGGCAGACUACACGUACUCGUCACCGUACACUCAGUAUUCCUCCGCGUACCCCACUUAUGGCUACGGCACGGGGGGUCUCCUUAGUAAGUAACUACAUGGGGAACUACUCGAGCUCCAGCAACGGUGGUAACAACAGCAGCGGCGGUGGCAACAGCGCCAACAGCAACGCCACCACCAACAGCGCCAACACCACCCCCACCAACAACAACAACAACAGUCACAACAACACGGCGGCGCGGCUGCGCAUGCUGCAGUCGUCCCUGGGCGCCUCCAUGUGCGGCAGACAGGACCGCUGCACGUAACGCUGUGACGUCACCUCGUCUCUGCUGUGCGUCCGUUGGCGAGCAGGUGUCCGGCUUAUCAAGACAACUGUGAUGCGACAGACCUCCGCUCCCCCUCCUCGCUGCCCCUCCCCCUCCCGAGGGUCUCCCCUCCCCCCUCCCUUCCCUCCCGCGCUCCGGAGGCAAGAGCCUCGCGCAGACGCGGCCGCGAGAGAAGGACUGAGGGAGAAGGAAGAUCGCGAUGAACCAGAGAUUUAUAUAUGUGGAUAAGGAGCUGCAGAAGUCAGAGAAGAAUAGCGAAGACGUCUACGAAGAGGAGGAGAAGCCAAAAAGGACCCGAAGACAAAAAGAGAAAGGAACACAAGUCUCCACGACCUGCGCGCCACGAGCCGCGGAGAGAGCGAGAGACGACCUCUAGUAUAGCUGAGUGCGUGUUUGAGCAGCACGGACCGAUCUCUUAGCUAGGAUACCAAAGAAUACCCACUCAAGUCACGAGCUUGCUUGAGUCGUGGCGGCCGAACGACCCUUUCCUUCUUCAGGCACACGCGUUCACUUCAGGAACGAACACCUCACGGUCAACACAGCCCCCUCCCCCCGCCUCUUGCCCUCCCCCCUCCCUCCCUCCUGCCCCUCUGCCCGAGGCAUUUCAUCUUGUACAUAGCACCCGUCGACGCAGGCCUUUCCUGGUGUGCCUGAAGGAGGCAAGCGAGGGGCGCCGACUCGCACACCUCUUUCCACUCUGGGCGCGGCGGGGAAGCCUUCCUCCCGACGCGGGAUGAAAGCAGCCUGUCCCCGGCGCCGGCCACUCUCCUCUGUCGGGUCUCGGUUUUCUGUUUUGUUUUUGGGGUUUGUCGCUGUCCAGGACCUAGAUCUACUGACUCGUGUUUUUGGCAUCGAUCAAAAACUUUCUAAAUCCCUGUAUCGUUUAAGUUUUAUUAUGAUUUUAUUUUUCAUCAUGAUAAUAUAUGUAAUUUUUUUUUCAAACAAAGACGCCUGUGAAAUGGUGAUUCGAUUACCUCUUUUUAUAUAUAUAUACGAAUAUAUAUAUUAUAUAUAUAUACAUAUAUACCUCUUAUUUUGUCUUGAAGAGGCUAAGAAAAACAACAAGAAAGCGGUUGAGUGUUCCGCGGGCGGCCGUCCGGGCCCUCGGGCGCUGCUGUUAACCAAAGAGGCGUUUUUGGCUUCUGUCUCCCAGCCUGUGUGGUACAAGGCGAAGCUUAGUCAGGUGGACCUCUCGUGGCACGGAGGUUGCUAAUCAGGCCUCCGUUUUAUAGGAGGCCAUGUUUUUUUGUAUAGACAUGUUUUUAAAAAAGAAAGAAAAAAAAAAGAAUGAUGACAAGUUGACCUAUGUAUUAUUAAUAAAAAAGACCUAUUUAUAAAAUCUGCCGAAGUUAAAUGCCCUAGGUAGGUCAUAGAGUUAAGGAGAGAAUAGUUUUAAGGUUUUCCUAUGGCCCAUUCCCUGUCCCUCCCAGGAUGCAACAGCAACACUGAACCCCAUCCACCCCCUCUCUCUCUUAUUUUACGCCGAAUCUUUUUUUAUUUAUUUUAUUUUGCCCAUUACCACUCAGUUAUAUUGUACAGUAUUAGUCCUAGGGUCUCAACUCGCACCUUAUAGAUGCCCCCACGUUUCACAGUCACAAAGUAUUACGCGUUUGGUAAGAACGUCAUUGAUUUGAUUAAGAUAAACAAAGCGAACCGGUAUUCUCGACCAAAUACCGGUUUUGAGUUUUUUAAUUAUUGUUAUUAUUAUUAUUAUGAUGAUGAUUAUCAUUAUUAUUCUAAUUUGUAAGAGAUUAUCCACUGCAGCUGUAUUGCCUACGGGUCAGUCUGGAUUUUAUGCUUGUCAGGAUACCUAGAUUUAACAAAUAAAGUAUUCGUCAAAGUUUUUAUGUAUGAGUGUCUUAAAAGGCGAACGGCAGGUGACGCUGUCGCUUCGUUGCAUAUGGCUACAUGAACUAGUCUCAAUCAUCCACUUUCAAUGAAAAGCGAAAGAAAAUUCUGAUUUAUCUCUCUCAUAUCAUGUUUGAUCCUUUUAUGUAUCUUUCCUUUUCGGAAUACUCCUACUUGUGAUCAGAAUUCUCAAAAUUUAGAAUACUUCCCCCCCACACACACAAACUUUUUUUUUUACAAAUUCUCAUGCAAAGAAUUCUCAUUAUUUCUAAAGCCUUAUUUUUAAAAGGUUAUUUCUAAUUAUUUAAUUGUUUCUCUCAACGAAAGUCCGGCCAUCACGAAGUGCUGCGCCGCACGUGUACAUUUGGGGCUUCAUUGCGAAAGGGUAACAGGUGUAAAGCUUUUCUGUUCGAGUUUUGUUUGUAGUCUGUUAUGUACAGUCACUGCAUUGCUCUUUUAUGUGUAAAAGCAUUAUGUUUACGAUAAUGACUUAUUAUUGAUUAUAGAUUUUUAUCAUUAUUAUCAUCAUGUGUUUCUUUUUGUCAUGCAUUCAGUGUGUACCGUCACAGUAUCUCUGAAUUUUUAUGCUGUAAAAAAAUUGUGUUCGUUGGUCGAUGGUUUAAGCGCCUCAUCGUCAGCAUAUAUGCAAUUAUUGCUUGAUUUCUUGUCAUCAAUUAGAUUUUUAUAUAUACCUAAUGUCCAAAACAUUGUUAUUAUGGUCGUUAUAUAAUUUUUUUCUAUAUCUCCAGUGACAGUGUUUCAUAUUUUUUAUUUUGUCUCAACCUACAAACAGUAAAAUGCGCAUCAGUAUGUUGUGAAUUGGUUGCCAGUUUGUGUAUUUGCUUGGAUUUUUUUCCACUAUUGAAGAGAGCGAGUCUUCCACGACUGUCUGUAACUGAUGCGAUUUAGUCAGACACAGUAAAACCUACAUAUUGAUGUAUGCAGCAACGGUAGGUAUAGCUAUAGAAAUAAACAACUGCUCUUUAUAGUAAAAAA